AUGGCCGACGCAGUUCGUGGAAUGUGGCAAACAGUCGUCAAUACUAAGCGAUUGUACAUGAAUCCUCAUGAACACUUUGGACGAGCGAAUAUUUGUCGUGCUGCUCUUGCAACUUAUGUAGGAAUCUAUUUUCUGUUUAGAUGGAACCAGAAAAGAAAGGCAAGAAACCUCCAGAAACUUCAAGCAGCGGAACGUGUAAACAUUCUCAACGACGCGUUGGCUCGUACAGGACAUUAG